GUAUUGAGUAAUUACCAAACCACUACCCAACCCAAUAAACCUUCCGAGUCCCCAACCUCCACACACACAACACAUAUUUAAAACCCCUUCCUUCCUCUCUUCUUCUUGUUUUGCCUUUUUACUAUUGCUCUUUCUUCAACAAGCAUUCAUAUAUACACACACACACACACACAAAAACAUAACAACAAAAAGAAAGAAACGAGAGAGCAACAAAAAGUAGAAAGGAACCAAUGGAUGGUCUGAUUCCAAUGGCGUUUAAGGCUAUGAAGAAAAACAUGACUCGCCGGCGUUACGAGUGUCUCUCUUCCUCAGCCGGCACGACUAAAGAUUCCUACGACGACUACGACCACUUCCCUUUCGCCGCUAAACCUGAUCACUCCGUUGUAUCUCGACCUUCGUCGUCUUUUGACCAUAUUGAGAUGAAUAACGUUGGUGGUCUUCAACAAAGUCGUCACCGCCGUGGUUGGUCGGUCGGAGAUUUCUCUUACAUGUCUUGUCGGGAAGGAAGAAGAUCUGGCGCAGACGGUGGCGGAGACAUCGGUUGUUCUCCGUCACGGCGAGGACAGCUUGUGAGGAAUAGAAGCCAUAGAUUGUUCUCUUGUGUCUCAGGUGAAUAAUUUAUCAAUCCAAAGAAUUAAAUAAAAUAAAAAAGUUUAUUUGCAUGAUCUUGUUUUGUGUCAUGAUGGGUGAAAGUCUCAAGUCGUCGGGGGAAAGAAUGCAAAUUUUGUACUUCGGGGUGAUAUUCCGAUAUUGAUGUGUAAAGUUUUGGGGUUUAGUUUCACAUUUACAUUAAUUUGUGGCUCUAUACCGAAUAAAAAAGAAAAAAACUUUAGCAGUGUGUUAUCGAAA